GCAUCCCAAUAUCUUGUUGGGGACAAAGAACUACUCCAAUAUAAAAUGUGUGUUCUUCCUUCCUUAACAACACAGGUCAAGUGUUCUGCAAUCUUACUUAGUACCUUUCAGAUCUUUUCCCAUCUUCAUAUGCUGUCACUGACACAGUUUCAGUCACUCACCAAUCUUUUAGUUCCAAACACACACUCCAAACCCACAGUGAAAAAGAACAAAACAUCCCCCACUUCCCAUUUCACUUGCUAUUUGUGAAACUACCUACCCUUUUGAAUAGUAACUUAAUUAUUGUUAUUUGUAUUGUUAUUGAGGCAUGGAAAUGGAAGAUUUUUUAUGGGGUGGUGGCAUUGCUGGAGAUGCCCCUAAGAGGAAAAGUGAUGGUUUUGAAGGAAGCAAUGGUGUGAUUGGAAGUGGGUGUGGUUCAUCUUUCUCUCUGGUUUUGGAUAGGGAGAGAGGGGAGCUUGUGGAGGCACCUGUGAGAUUGGAAAGGAAGGGGGUGUCCACUGAGAGAAGCAUUGAAGCUUUGAAGAGCCAUAGUGAGGCAGAGAGGAAAAGGAGGGCAAGGAUUAAUGCACAUCUUGAUACGCUUCGCAGUGUGAUUCCGGGUGCUAUGAAGAUGGACAAAGCGUCAUUACUCGGUGAGGUUAUUAGACAUUUGAAAGAGCUGAAGAAGAAUGCAGCACAAGCUUGUGAAGGUUUGAUGAUACCAAAGGACAAUGAUGAAAUAAGUGUUGAAGAACAGGAGGGUGGGUUGAAUGGUUUUCCUUAUUCGAUUAGAGCAUCACUAUGUUGUGAAUAUAAACCCGGGCUAUUAUCUGAUAUAAAACAAGCACUAGAUGCCCUUCAUCUUAUGAUAACAAGGGCAGAUAUUGCAACAUUGGAAGGCAGGAUGAAGAAUGUCUUUGUGAUAAUUAGUAGUAAAGAACAAAACUUUGAAGAUGCUGCAUACCGUCAGUUUCUCGCUGGUUCUGUUCACCAAGCUCUCAAGGCAGUGCUCAAUAGAUUUUCUGUUUCAGAGGACAUUUUAGGAACCAGGAAAAGAAGGAGGAUUUCUAUAUUCAGUUCUUCACCUUUAGAAGAUUUUUUGUAAGAUACCUUGUUAAGUAAUUUAAAUCUCCAUAUCCAUAGUUCCAUACCAAGUUUGAGUGUCAUGAGGAGGUGAGUUAUAGUAGUGAUUUCAUGUACCAUGUAUACAUACUGAAAGGUUGUUCUUCCAUGCUUUAUAUUUUGCAAAUUUACUUCUUAGAAGAUAAAUCAUGUGAAAAGAUAAUGAACAUCUUGUUUGGGAUGUACAAAUAUUUAGGAGCUUUGACAGUUUGGUUGAUGGAUAACUGAUCACAUCACUUUUAA